UCCAACGAUGCUGGGGAAAGUAGUGACCAGGUUGUCAUAAACAUAAAUCCAGGACCGACUGUAGACAGUAUCACCGUAGAAGAAGCGUCCUGGAAGAGCGGGAAAGGCUCUGGUACUCUCACAGUCAUCGCAUCGACGAAUAUCAUCUCCUCUCAGCUUCUCGUAUCCGUGAGUGCCACUGAUCCUAACGUCGAUACGAUCGCGAUGACUUCGCUUGGAAGUGGUCGAUUCCAGGCUCUGGUUUCCAUACGGCCUUCCCCUGCUUUUGUUACAGUCACGUCCACCCUUGGAGCUUCUGUUACAGUACCUGUAUCAGGAUAA